AUGAAUUCUGUGAAUUCUGUCGGAGCAAUUUGUUGUAUAGGCGCUGGAUACGUCGGAGGUCCAACGUGUAGCGUUAUCGCGCUAAAAUGUCCCGAGAUUAAAGUCACAGUCGUCGACCUGAGCAAGCAAAGAAUUGACGCGUGGAAUUCGGAUAAACUACCGAUCUUCGAGGUAAGAACAAUUUGCCACGGCAACAGGAAUUGUAAACUGUCUUGAUAUUGUGUGUUUAUGUGAUUUUAACCGUUAUAAAUUCUUUUUAUAGCCAGGUCUUGAUGAUGUUGUUAAGCAAUGUCGUGGCAGAAACCUGUUCUUUUCAACGGAUAUCGACUCAGCAAUCCGCGAAGCCGACUUGAUAUUCAUUUGUGUGAGCGUACAUUUCUUCUUAUAAUUUUGAUAGGAGAUCGUAAAUUUAUUGCUAAAUCUUUCUUCAUUACGCAAAAUAGUGUUAUCUUAAUUUUAUUUCCGUCCUUUUUUUGUGACUUUUGUAAAAAAUCAGCUGUUAAUGUCACUCGUACUUCUUUGCAGGUUAACACACCGACAAAAACCUUUGGUUUAGGAAAGGUUAGUUUUAAUGAAAUUUGCGGUGUAAUUUCAUGACGGAACCAGUAAAAUAUCAUAUCAAGGGCUUAUUAAAUUCACAGGCUAAAAAAUAGAACAGUAUCUAAGAACAAAAAUAAUAACUUAAGUCCGAUCUGGGUGUAAAUUAAAUAUGUAUAUGGUGAUACGUGGUCAAUGUUUCAUUAACUGGCUCCCUUUUAUUUACAAGACUAAAAUUUUUGCCCUGCAAAACUGUCUCCAUGGUUCCUGCUAUUAAUUGAUUUUCUUAUCAGUUGUUUUUAAAAUAAAUUUUAUUAGCUCUAGGUAAGGUCUUUAUUUCUCGUAAAAAUUGUAAGGCAUUAUAAUUAUUGUAAUGCUAAAUUGCAGGGUCCAAGUGAUCAUUGUUUUUCACAGGGGGAAGUCGAGUUGUUGAUAGAACAAUCAUUUAGCCAAUUGUCUUUUCGAGAGCAGCUAAAUAAACUCUUCAAGUUCACAGACUGACAAACCACCAAUAGUGACAAAAAUAUAAUAGGUUUUAAAAACAACAUUUUGGAUUGAGCUAAGCAGUAUGAAAAUUAUUGAUUUUUUUGUUGCUGUUGGUGCAGCUUUUUUUCCCCUCAAAUAUGAAUAGUGUAUUGUACAUGCUUGGAAAAAAAUGGAAUUUAUCCACCCAUGAUCUGCUGAAAUAUACUUUUGGAAUUUUAAAUACUUUAGGAAAGAUGUAAAACAUCAUGUGCCGUUAGUACACACUGAGCGCUAAUUAAAAACAUUCAUGCAUAUUUCAGGGCCGAGCACCAGAUUUAAAGUACAUAGAAUCAGCUGCAAGGCAUAUUGCAGAGGUUGCUGAUGGUGCAAAAAUUGUUGUGGAGAAGAGUACAGUGCCCGUGAGAGCGGCAGAGAGGUACUGUAUCAGUUGGCAGGCAUCAAUUUGAUUGGUCCUCUUAUAACCUAGGGCAUGAAAAGCAGUUUCGGCUACACAAGCCCUAGGAUUUCAUGGAACCCACCUCCUAAAUGUUUUCAUUUUUUCGUAAUCAUAUAUUUUUUUCUUGGCACUGGAAGCCAUAUGAUGGCAGACAUUAGAAAACUGAUAGACGCUAAACAACAUGGAUCAUUUUACGUUUCUGAGAAACUGCCCACCUACCCCUCCCCUAAACCAACAUUAACACUUAGUUCUUACUUAGAGCAAAAAGUUGGCUUAGGGGAGGGGUAGGUGGGCAGUUUCACAGAAACAUAAAAUGAUCCAACAACAUUUUAGUUUCAUAUAUUAUAAGCCGAGUCAUGACUAAAGAACUGCUAUACUAGUCAAGAAUCUGAGUGGAAAAAUUAAGUGAAUUUCUUUGAAUUGAUCCCUAAAUGUCACUGAGAAACUAUUUUUUGGCUCCAUCAUUUUAAGACCAUGGUAACAACACAGUACCAGAAACUAUCAUUACCUUGAAAUCAUAGGGCUUUCAAGUCUACACUAUAGCCUGUCCAGAUAGCUUUUUGUGCCACCAUAUAUUACAUCAAAAUGUAAAUGCUACCUGGAACAGUAUGAACGGCAAAGGCAGAGAACCGGGAGAAGUCAUUCACUCAUAUCCAACACCAUACCAACGCGGCUGGCCACAAAAGUGGGUUUUCUUUGCAUUGAUAUUCCCGAUCCUCACUUCUGAAUAUUAUUUUACUUUCAUCUUUAGUCGGCAGGGUUCCACAUGUAGUUCUCAUUCCUACUCAUUUCACUCUUACUUAGUCCAAAUAUAAGUUCACACCCAGUGGCGGUUCCAGGGAAGGGGACCAGGGUGCCUGAGCCCCCACUUAGUUUUAGACCAAAAAGGUCGAAAAUUUUUGGGGGGAGACCUCCCCCCCUACCUAAGGGUCUGGAUGAUCCCCCCUCCCCCCCCCCACAUCUCAAGGUCUUGAUCCGGCACUGACUCUGUGAAGAAUAGUCAGUGGUAGAAACCUAUCUGAAGGAUUAAAUGUUUUUAGGUAGCUCAGGGAAAUGGUGAGAUGAUUGCUGCCGUUUUCUUGUAUGUUUUACAACUUUUUUUACAUUUAAAAGUAUUCUCAGAAAUUACCAAAAGUAUUUUUAUUUAUUUUCUUUGUUAUAUUUAUUUAUUUAGUAUUACAAGAAUAUUUGAAGCAAAUGGAAGCAGAGGAAAAUUUCAGGUUGGUUUUUUAACGUAAACAUCUACUGAAGAUGAAAUUAAUAUUACCCCCUAACUGUACAUUUAUCUUGUGUGAGGAUUACUGCAGAGGCACUUGGCAGUUAGUCAGUUUAUUAUACUUCUGUAUAUUUGACCUGUGCAUGAAUUUUUCUAAAUUCAACUAGAAGGAACAUGCUCUAUGUUAUAACUCUUGCUUAUUAGAUCAGUAUGGCUAAGCAGGGCUAGGAACUAGCUGGAUGAGUCCAGCCAUGAAUAUAAGGCCAAGUGCCAUUAUGAAACCUCUGAAUGUAACUAACAUUUCAAACAAACAUGCUAACUGUGUGACUUUGUAUUUUGCAGGUUUUGUCCAAUCCAGAAUUCUUGGCUGAGGGUACUGCCAUUAAUGACUUAAUGGAACCAGACAGAGUUUUGAUUGGCAAGUACAGUUUGUAUUACAGUCAUGUAGUUGUCAUUUGUUAUGUCAAGUGUAUUCCUUUUUCGUGGUGGUAAGAAAUUAAUAGUCCUCUUUUUCUAGUAACUGUCAAAAUCAGAUUAUGUUCUCAUCAAUCUGUAGGGCCAGAACAACUUGAACUCCAGCUUGUCUGUAGUGCAAGCAGUUCUUAAUUUUCCUUGCCCCUCAGGCCACUUUUUGUUUGUAUAAGUUAAUGAUUUUGUUUGAAGAUGAAUUGUCAUACCCUUGCCCAUUUGGCAAGCGAUCUUUAAAAUUUACUUGCCUAGCAGAAAUCCACAUGUCCCUAACUACCGGAUAGAAAUUUUUUGAGUGUGACUCCUCAUACUUUUUAAUUUAAACACAUUUUAUUGACAUUCUUUAUUUGACAGGAGGUGAGCAAAGUAGAGAGGGAUGGAGGGCAAUUGAAGCUUUAUCUUCUGUUUAUGAGCACUGGAUUCCUAAAGAGAAUAUCAUUAAAACCAAUACGUGGUCUUCAGAACUCUCCAAGCUGGUAAAGUUUGAUCAUUCUGUUACUUAUAAAAACAUCGCUCUCAGACUACAUUAGGUUCAGUUGCUUUUAAUAGUCUUAACUAAAGAUAGUAGUCUAGGCUAGCAAAUGGGUUCAUUGCACAUUUUAUGUGUAACAUGCAGGUACUAUGUAUGAAUUACAGUAAACACAGGUCUGGGCUGUGUUGUUCAAAGUUGGAUUAAGAUGAACCCAGAUUAAAGUUAGGUUAUAUCAAAUUCAAGCCCUCGCCUCCUGCGUACGGUGUAUGUCUAUUUUUAAAAAGGCUUCCAACAUAAGUAGGUCCCGUACCAUUUAAGCAAUUUUUUCACUGCUGCGACAGAAGUGAGCGCCAAAGGCUCGAGAAGGGAUUUCAAAGCGUCCCCUCCACAUUUUCGCAUGGCUUUGCAGUUCCUCUACCAAAACUUAAGUUUGCUCAUGCUAAAUAACAAUCCGGCCGGUUACACAGGCUAGCAGCCUUCCUUUUUAGCUGGCAACUGCAGCAAAAUCAGCUGGCUACUCUAAGUGUAAAAAUAAGUCAAAUAUAACAAACGUGUAUGUAGGAGAGUUUUUCGCAUAAAUGAGCAGUGGCCAGAGAGACCAGCUACUGAAAACGUUAGUGAGAGUCCUGUACUCAAAUCAUGUUGAUCUUUCUCUGUAGGCAGCCAAUGCUUUUCUAGCACAACGUAUCUCUAGCAUCAAUGCCAUGAGUGCAAUCUGUGAGGCAACUGGUGCAGAUGUAUCAGAAGUAGCAAGUGCAAUUGGACGGGACUCUAGGAUAGGGAGCAGUUUCUUAAAAGCUUCAGUUGGUGAGAAUGCUAAAAUUCCAGUUCAUUUCAGAAAUUUGAAUGCACUUACAAGUAACAGGCCAAUUUCCAUAUCCUGGGUGAAUCAUAGUUAUAUGUCCAUGUUACGUUACUGGUCAAAUCUUAUUUCAGCUUAAUUUUGAUUUAACCUAGGUUUAUUCUCAACUUCCUUUGUUUCCUAGUCCUAAUUCAUGAAUGAAUCAACCUAGCUGGUUAAAAAAAAUUUAAUCUGAAAUCAAAUUUAACCUGUAACAUCCACAUGCAGGCAUAUGAAAAAAUUCUGCUAAAAAAGAACAAUCAGGCAUUUGUUGAGAGCUGUUAUUUUUUGAAAAGGGUGGUGGGGUGGGGGGGGAUGGUAUGACACAGGGUAAUGUAUAUCUGUCUGCGGUCGUCAGUCUUGAAUAUUAUUCUAUUUGAAAGUAAAGGAUUAGAGUUAGGGAUGAAAAAUUAUUAUCACUAGAUAAAAUCAUCUCUCACUAUUUCAAAACCAAUUUAAAUUUGUGUUCUGCAUGUGUGCACCUGUACAUGUACAGAGAGAUGUAUUUGUUCCAGAGAAAAGAGAACAGUUUUUUGUAAUAGAGGUGCCACUGACAAAAUAAUCAAGCUCAAUAAAUUUUACAAAUUCUUCAUACCAAAAAUUUCCAUUAGUUGCUUGAUCGAAUUGCAUAAUAUUCAGUAACAAUGGUAUUGCUGUAAAUUAUUUAUUACUCCAUGAGACUGCAACAACCAAAGGCGAUUCAUUUUAUUCAUUCUUGAUUGUCUUUUUGUGCUAGGUUUUGGAGGAAGUUGUUUUCAGAAAGAUGUUCUUAACCUUGUUUACCUCUCCGAAGCACUUAACCUACCCGAAGUUGCCGCUUACUGGUACCAAGUGAUUGCCAUGAAUGAGUAUCAGCGGCGACGAUUCACCAACAGAAUAGUUAACUGUCUUUUUAACACUGUGACUGAUAAGAAAAUAGCACUGUUUGGAUUUGCCUUUAAGAAGAACACGGGAGACACUAGGUUGGAGUUCAUUCUUUAAAUCUGAAAUCAUUUCAAUUCUUUUCCCCCUCCCUUUUUCCCGAGUUGAUUCCAGGCCCCAGUUGCGUACAUGCCAACUCUCCUGGUCUGCCGUACAGGUCACCAAAUCUCCCAGAUAAAAUCAAGUUAUGAGCUUUUCGGUGCUUUAAUUUGGAAGCGAGCUUGAAACAGACACUUAAAUGAUGCAAAGAUGGGUUGACAUUACCAUAACAAUUUAUGGAGGCAAGCUCAAAUUAAACACAUUGGCAAAAAAACAUGUACAUGUACAUGUACCAGCAAGGACAUGGCUUCCUUCUUUAGGUGCAAAAUGACAGGUUUGAAAUGUAGCCUGGGGGACCUUUAUAUGCCGGCCUUUUAUAGAGGUCCUUGUUUAGAGGAACCCUGGUCCCCACCCCAUUCCUCAUACCAUUUUUCUUCUUUGUUUGAAAUACGUUUUUCAUUUCCCAAAUUCAUAUUCCAUGUGAUUAUCGCUACUUUCAUCAAAAUUGCCAGGCAAUAAGUGAUUGAGGCUCAUCCUUAUGUUUGCAUGCCCUAUGCAUGUGACAGGGGUCUUCACAACAUGUAUGUGCAUGUGUAUUUGACAGGGAGUCUGCAAGUAUUUAUGUCUGCAAAUAUCUGAUGGAUGAAGGGGCAAGGAUAACAGUUUAUGAUCCUAAAGUUGAAAAGGAUCAGAUCAUCUUGUAAGUAUAUUCGUGUCCGUUGUGGUUUGAGUAGUUCCAUAGCCUGCAUAGCAAGCAUUUCCGUGCUGUUUAGGAGCGAAGAACGAGGAACGACAGUCAAAGACCGCGCAAAAAACGGCACCCUCUUUCAUUUUUUGGCUCUCAUAUCAUUUCCUGUUCGGCCAAAACCAAAAAUCCCAUUCCUCGGUCUUUCUUUGCUGCGAAAUCAAAUGGAAGCGCUUGCUACGCAAGCUAGUAGUUCUGUGGAGCAUUAUUGAUAGGAAAACUAGCCUUCAUAACAGGUGUUAUUUUUUCGCAUUUUUUAGGGGAGCGAAGAUCCACAGCGCAAAGUGAGCAAGGAGUGCCAGACACGCACAAUGUGGGAAGGCACCAGUGGUGUGUGGACAGGCAAUGAUUUUCUUUGCCUUCCCCAUCAUGGGUGUCUCACGCUCCAAGCCUGCCUUGUGCUUGCUUUUGCUCGCCUGAAAAACGCGAAAAAAUAACUCCUGUUAUGCAGGCUGUAGGAAAACAGGACAGUUCUAGUGGGCUCCCUGUGACCUCAGAUUGUUUGUUGUAUUUGCCAAGUGCAAUUUUCAUUCCCACCUUCCAGCCAAAAUAAGAGCCUUCUCUCAUGCUACACAGGUAACAAGAAAAGUCGGAAACUAAACAGUGCAUUUUCUUUGACCAUACGAACAGUUUUAUUACCUUACUGUAUAUUUAAUUUAUUACAGGGAGCUGACACAUCCUUCUAUCUCAGAAGAUCCACAGAGAGGUAACAUUGGCCGUUAUACAUUGUAAAUUAACAGUAAAAUACUUUAUUCAAGUGCCAGUGUAGUAAGCAUGAAAGUAAUAAUUGAGGGGAGUAUUUUUAUGUCUGGUGAUGGGACUGUCAUUUCUAUCUGGUUAUUCAACCCUUUUAGUCCCAUUAUCCAGUUGAUCUUCACAAAAUAAUUUCCUUAAAGAACUAGAAUAAAAAGCUGAUCGGGCAUUUUCCUUAAAGAACUAACAUUUGAUGAAUUCAUGAAAACCAAAGCAUUUUGUCUUGCAUACCUUUUCAUUGAUUUAUCCUAGAGCUAUUAGCCUUAAAACAUCAACUUGGUUAUUUUAAACAAAUUCACCACUUACAACCCUUUUUUAUUUUUUUGUUUCAGUUGAGCGCCUGAUUACUAUUGUUAAUGAUCCUUACGAGGCUGUUGAAGGUGCGCAUGCGCUAGUGGUCUGUACUGAGUGGGACGAAUUCAAGGUCAGAGUAUAGUACAUUUUAAUAGUACCCAUCAAAUGGUCUUGAAAAUGUCGUAUGGAACUAAAUUGUACCUCGGGUGUCAUUGAAUAAUUAUCCUCUAUACGACUUGAUUCUGUUACAACAUUCUACACAGAGUUGGAUAUCUUGCCCCCAUUUUCCUUUGUCAUAUCGUUUCCGAUUCUGAGACCAAUGUUACAAUGUAGAUCCUGUGUCCAAUUUUGAGCAAGAGAGACUGAUUUUGAGUCAGUGGGAUUUGAUAUCCACUGUCUUUUUCUAUUUCCAAUUUGAUUCACAGCGGAGGUACAUGUAGGAGGGACAUAUUGUAGAAAAUUCCUGUCAAUUAGUGUCUCCGGUCCCUCCCCUCCAGUUUGUCACCAAAAUGACGCUGAUUCACGCGCGCACACUACUUAGUAUUGAGGAAAUUUCGUUGUCGUUGUCCUCCUCGCCCCAGAAUCUCUAAUAGCAUUGACAGUUUUUCACGUCCAUUUCCAUGGUCUGUACUCUUAUUGAUCAUAGAUCACGACCAAUCAGUGCACGAGAAAUCGCUAAGUUAUUGUAAAAAUGCAGAACGACAGAGAAUGAACCUUUGUAAUCCAAUAAGUUAACACUUUUGAGUACUUUCGAGUUAUUAAUAUACAAUCAUUCUUAACUUUUUUUCACAGACGUAUGACUACAGGCGUAUUUAUAACAGUAUGCUUAAGCCAGCCUUUGCUUUUGAUGGCCGAAUGAUUUUGGAUCAUUGUCAUUUACACGAGAUUGGAUUUCAAGUAGAGACUAUCGGCAAAGUGGUGUCAUCCGGGUAUUUGCUGCCGCUGACACCCCCUCUAGCACCCCCAAAGGAAGAAAAAUGA